CCAGAUGAUAGCUACAGUCAAACUUCUAUAGAAAGCAUCGCUAGGAUAAAGAUAGAACCAGUGAAACCCAUAGCUCAGCCACAAACAUCCGAUACAGUAAUACUGGAACGAUUGCUCAGUAAAGGUUACGAUUGGCGAGUUCGACCACCGGCCAAAGACGGUAAUGGUCCAGUUGUGGUGACUGUUAAUAUGCUCAUAAGGAGCAUAUCCAAGAUAGAUAAUGUCAAUAUGGAAUACAGUGUACAAUUGACAUUCCGUGAAAGUUGGCUGGACGAAAGGCUGAAAUAUGGCGUUAGUUCCGACAACCUUCCCGAAUUCCUAAUCCUUACCGCCGGUCAACAAAUAUGGAUGCCGGAUUCGUUUUUUCAGAACGAAAAACAUGCAUAUAAGCACAUGAUUGACAAGCCAAAUGUGCUGAUACGAGUUCACAAAGAUGGCACAAUUCUCUAUUCAGUUCGUAUAUCACUGGUACUCUCAUGUCCAAUGCAUUUACAGUUCUAUCCUAUGGAUGUUCAGCAGUGUUUUAUUGAUCUCGCCUCAUAUGCCUAUACAACAAAGGAUAUAGAUUACGUAUGGAAAGUCGAUGAACCGGUUCAACUAAAAGCAGGCUUAUCAUCAUCGUUACCAUCUUUCCAAUUAAACAAUGUAUCUACUACUUACUGUACAAGUAUAACCAAUACGGGCACCUAUUCAUGUCUAAGAACCGUCCUGCAAUUACGAAGGCAAUUCAGUUACUACCUCUUACAAUUGUACAUACCCUCGUGCAUGUUAGUGAUCGUCUCAUGGGUCUCCUUUUGGAUCGAUCGAUCAGCAGUUCCAGCUCGAGUGACACUUGGAGUCACAACACUACUCACAAUGACUACUCAGUCAUCUGGUAUAAACGCCAAACUACCUCCAGUUGCAUACAUCAAAGCAAUUGACGUGUGGAUAGGAGCAUGUUUGACGUUCAUUUUCGGUGCAUUACUCGAAUUCGCCUGGGUUACGUACAUAGCAAAUCGUGCACAAGGUAUCUACGAAUUCAGGUGGCUAGCAAGGACAAUUGACUGGCAUGAUGAAGCGAAACGAGCGGAUUUGGUGUCGAGUAAGGGCUACUCUUUUACCAUUGUUUAUCGAUUGAAACUAAUCAAUACUAAUCGAUUGCACGGUUCAGGGUUGUUGUUCCCGUUACUGUUUGUGUCUUUCAAUGUGGCCUAUUGGAUUCACUAUGCUCAGUAUCAAUCGCCAACAUAA